CACGCGUCUGGUUUUCUUCUGUCGCGAGUGCGGCAUUGCGACUGUAAACAAACUGUUUUAGUUUGUUUUUGCUAGCGUUUUGUCUUUGUUUUGACAUGUUGCUAAUGUUCUUUCGCUGCUGGAGUUGUGUAUAGCUCCGUAAUUCAGUUAAAUAAUGCGCAGCUGCGGUGAUGUGUUGCGUUCAGUGACAGUUUUAGAAGUGUUGUCCAGUAUUUGUGCGUGUUUAGCGAUGCUAGCCGCCAUCUAGCUAUUUACUAAACGCGACUGUAUGGUUGGUGCGUGGAUAUGGAUACGAACAUCUGAAUACUGAGUCCUAAUGGCAAGAGAUAUUUCGAAGUUACGACACAGAAAACCUCACGUAGACACGUCUGAGAGCCCUCACAGUCAACACCAGUCUUCAGUGAAUGAUGCGAAUGCAAAACUGCUGUCAGAAGACGCCGGUGUUUCCUCAAAUGGAACCCACAGUCAAAAGACGACCAGAGGAAAAGGUGGCGCAGCUCCAAACAAAGCGUUGCUGAUGCUGAUGGUGGCUGGUCUCUCCUUCGCCACACGUUUCUACAGACUGUCAGAACCUCCUCAUGUGUGCUGGGAUGAGACUCACUUUGGCAAGAUGGGAAGCUUCUACAUCAACAGGACCUUCUUUUUUGAUGUCCACCCUCCUCUCGGAAAGAUGCUCAUCGGUCUCGCCGGUUACCUGACAGGUUACGACGGUACAUUUCCCUUCUUGAAACCGGGAGAUAAAUAUGAACAUCACAACUACCUGGGAAUGAGAGGGUUCUGUGCAGGUCUGGCCUCCUUCCUCCCAAUAUUCGCCUUCCAAAUUGUGCUGGAUUUGUCUCAGUCCCUCUCUGCUGCACUCAUCACUGCAUCUCUGCUCAUUUUUGACACCGGCUGCCUCACCAUCUCUCAGUACAUCCUCCUGGAUCCCAUUCUCAUGUUCUUCAUCAUGGCUGCUGUGCUGUGUACAGUCAAGUUCAACCAGCUGCAGCACAGGCCUUUCUGCUCCUUGUGGUGGAUGUGGAUGCUCCUGACUGGUGUGAGUCUCUCUGGAGCCCUCGGGGUGAAGUUUGUGGGUCUCUUUGUCAUCCUGCUGGUGGGACUCAACACUGUCUCGGACCUCUGGAGGCUUUUUGGGGACUUGAGCUUGUCACUGAUGGAGAUAUUCAAGCACUUCCUGGCUCGGGUUGCUGCCCUCAUCCUGCUCCCACUCCUCAUCUAUGUCACGAUAUUUGCCCUUCACUUUGUCGUCCUGCAUAAAAGUGGACCAGGAGAUGGUUUCUUCAGUUCUGCCUUCCAGUCUCGUCUGAUUGGGAACAAUCUGCACAAUGCGUCGAUGCCAGAGUACCUGGCAUACGGCUCCACCAUUACUGUGAAAAACCUGCAGAUCGCGGGCGGCUACCUGCACUCUCACUGGCACCUAUACCCCGAGGGGGUUGGAGCAAAGCAGCAGCAGGUGACUGCCUACCUGCACAAGGACUACAACAACCUGUGGCUGGUUCACAGACCCAGCGGGAACGAUGAUCCAUCAGGAGUGCCUGAGCUGGUUCGCCAUGGUGACAUCAUCAAACUAGAGCACAAAGAGACGACUCGUAGCCUGCACAGUCACCUACAUGAGGCUCCGCUCACCAAGAAGCACUUCCAAGUCACAGGAUAUGGGAUUAAUGGUACCGGCGACAAAAAUGAUCUGUGGCAAAUUCAAGUGAGCGGCGGCCAGAAGGGAGAUCUCGUGAAAGUUCUGCGAAGCAAAGUUCGAUUUCUGCACAAAGCAAGUGGAUGUGUGUUGUUCUCCUCUGGAAAGACUCUUCCCAAGUGGGGCUGGGAGCAGGUGGAAGUGACCUGCAGUCCCUACCUGAAGGAGACCCUGAGCUCCCAGUGGAACAUUGAAGACCACAUCAACCCUAAAUUGCCCAACAUCAGUCUGUCGCUCCUGAAGCCUGGAUUUCUGGAGUCAUUAUGGGAGUCCCAUGUGGUGAUGGUCAGAGGCAACAGUGGUCUGAAGCCCAAAGACAACGAGGCAAACUCCAAACCUUGGCACUGGCCCGUCAACUACCAGGGAUUGAGGUUCUCCGGAGUGAACGAAACGGAAUAUCGAGUUUACCUUCUGGGAAAUCCAGUGGUGUGGUGGCUGAAUCUGGGCAGUUUGGGUGUCUAUCUCCUCCUGCUCUUUGUUGGUUCCGUCACUCUCCAGAGAGGAAUCGCUGUGAGGGCCAAGAGGGAAGAGUCCUGUUUUGUUCUACAACGUGGAGGAGGGUUUCUUUUCCUGGGCUGGCUGCUGCACUACGCUCCCUUCUUCAGCAUGAGCCGAGUCCUCUACUACCAUCACUACUUCCCUGCCAUGCUCUUCAGCAGCAUGUUGUCAGGAAUUACUCUGGAUGUCCUCCUUAAAAACACCGACCUCCUGCUUAACCCGCCGUACUGUGAUUGGCUGCAGCGAGCCGGACAGAUGUCGGUUCUGUUUGUUAUUCUCUACAGUUUUUACCUGUUCCACCCGCUCUCUUACGGCAUGACCGGACCUCUGGCUCACGAGGCUGGCAGCUCCAUGGCUGGACUCAAGUGGAUGGAAUCCUGGGAGUUCUGACAGCACUCGGCCUGGACUGAAACACGUGUAGUGUUUGCUAAGUUGUAUUGAGGGUAGAACUUACCCACCCAAGUAUUUCUUUUGACUGAAAGCACCUCAGUCAGGAGAAUCGGAUUGUGCCGCCUUAAGCAGGAGGAAUGAGAUCACCAUGAAACCAAAGUGCCUGGGAGUCCAAAUUGUAAACUUAGUUCGUGGUCACAUGUCAAGUAUCACCGGAAUCUGUUUCGUUCUUCAGUCAUCUAGGUUGAUGUGUAUUUUAGCAGUACUUGUAGGGUCAGAAUUGUUUACAUCUUUUGACUGCUGUUGGCAUUGAUAAAUUAAAAUAUUC